ACAAGAAUCAAUUUGACCCAAUUACCCCCUUCGUUUGUCUUCAAAUUUCAAUAGGAUAGAAAAAAAUUCGCAGCCCUCCGAGAUAGAAGAGUCGUCGACAAUACUGUGGUGGAGCCGGGAUUUUUUGGAUUUCUCAAUCAAAAUAUGCAUCUCCUCUUAUGCUGAUAUUGAAUCAAACUCUCCGAUUUGGGAAUAAAAGAUUGUGUUGUAUUAUGUCAGAUAAUCCUCAUUGGCCAUUGCUGCGUAAGAUCAACAAAAUUUCGAUAAUCGCAAUUUGCGCUUGAAAGUCUGUCAUCUCCAGAUUUCAUAGCUUUAAUUAGCUUCGAUUUUGUUGCUGAAUUCCAAUUUCUUUGAACAUGGACUCUGCUGUUCUUGUGUGUGAAGCACCUUGUUUCUUGGUAUAUGCGAAAAUACUAAUAUGGGUCAUUUGCGCUUGGUUUCCUACCCUUUUCAUAUGUGGUGUGUUUUGGAAGCUUGGACCCAGAUAUGAUUUUUGUUGGGGAAUGUCGUUACAAUUUGAUUUGGGCUAAUGGGUAAAGAUUGCUAUUUGGCGCCAAUAAAAACCUGUACAUAACGCAUAUUCGCAGUUUUAUAGAAGGGCAUGAAGGAGAAGGACACGCCUGUCAUUAGGAAAUUGAGAAGGGGACAUUUUUGUCAUUAAACCAGUUUCCAGAGGCAUAACUCGGAAUCAAUUCCGAUGGACCCAAACAUCAUGAAAUUCCUUGAAGAAGACGAGGAUGAAACUAUGCAUUCGGGCGCAGACGUGGAGGCCUUCACAGCAGAAUUGAACAGAGACAUUGAAGGGAAUAAUUCGAUACAGGAGGAUUCCUUUGAUUCCAAUGCCGCAGCCUUGUCUCAAGGAAGCAGUCAUAUGACAGGUCAGUUUCUUCCACAGUGGCACACGUCCCAUAAUGAUGGGAUUGCUAAUUUCCAAAGUGGGCAAGAUAUUACGACCGUGGGGGAAAAAGACCAGCAUUCUUCUGAAUUGGAGUUGCAUAGACAUGACUCAGACUCUCAGAAUAGGAAAGAGGACGAUAGCUCCUCCCAUGAGCCAAACCCCAACCAGCAGGAUGAUCAGAACACCUUCCCCUUACCCCAAACAGUGAGCGGGCAACCAUCCGGAGAACAUCCCAUCACUGCACAAGUGCUGGAUCACGAAGCAAAGCCAGAUAAAGAAUUGCAGAUGAACAAAUUACAAAAUAUUAGCCAACAUCCGUCAAUGGCAGUGGGGUCAAAUGACCAACAGCCCCUGUCAAUGGAAUUUAGUGAUCAACAGAUUUUGCCAGCAGGUAAAGGAAAUUCACAGACAAGUAUGGGAGUGAAUAAUGACCAAGUCAUGCCUCCAUUGAAUCAGCAAACUACAGGAAUGCCAAUUACUAGCCAACAAGCAAUUACCUCAGGGAUGAGUAAUCCACAGACCAUGACGAGCAGUAGUCAACAGUCUGUUACCGCGUUGAAAUUGAACAAACAAGUUCCCUUUGGCAUGUUGCUUCCUAUCAUACAACCUCAACUUGAUAAGGACAGAGCUAUGCAACUUCACACUCUUUACUUUAAACUGAAGAGAAAUGAGAUUUCUAAAGAUGGAUUUGUCCGGCAUAUGAGAAGUAUUGUUGGAGACCAGAUGUUAAAAAUGGCAGUGUACAAACUGCAGACUCAGGCUGUUAGGAACUCACAAGCUUCUCAAGCUGCUCCCAAUCAAUUUCAAUCGCAGCCUCAGGCUUCUGGACGGCAGAUGCCUUCAGCACAACUGCCAACAGAUUUGAGCAAUUCAAUAAGUGACAAUAAUGCAGCAAAAUCACGUGAGGUGGAGAGGCAAGCAGAUUCACAUGGAGCACAAGUAGGCCAGAUGUCAACUACCGUUUCAGGUGCUUUAAGUCAUGAGAGGAAGCAUCCUGCAUUUCCAGCACAGGGGCUUAAUAAGCAGCAGCAUAUGCAAUUCUCACAGACAUCCUUUCCAACAUAUGGAGGUGCUGGGAGUGGUUACCCGCCUUUCCCGCCAACUAGUGCUGCUUCUUCCGCACCUAUCCGACCACAGUCGCAUGAUUCUCAGAUGAGGCAGGCUCCAUCUCAUCCAAAUAUCACUGCUAAUCACUUGGGGCCAACAUCCCGGCCCAUGAAUGUGACGAACACGUCUACAUUUGAUAGCCCUCAUUCGCUUACUGAUCCAAAGAAAAUUCCAGCUGGAAGUUUGACUCACAUGAAUAGCAACCCAAUGCUACAACAAAGUCAAGUCCAGUGGCCAUCAUCCACCAGCAAAGAGCAGAAAACUUCUAUUUCAUCAUCUGCUGGUCAUGUUAAGCAGGAACCAUCGGAUCAGUUAAAUGAACAACACAAAUCCCAGUUGUCUGCCUCACAUGGAUUAUCUUCUUUGACUCCUGGACCUAGUAAACUGGGCAGUGCUGCUUCUGGGAAUAUGAAUCUGAAGGAUGAAUCUUUUGAGAUGCAGUCAUCAAGAACAGGACUCACAGCACCCGCAACUCUGGUGCCAUCAAACUCAGUUUCCUCUCCAAGUCCCAGCAUGACGGAGACCAAUAUUAUGUCAAACUCUCGGAUGCCUUCUCUAACAACUCCUGUUGGUCCUGGAAAUAAUUCCAAGGCUCCCCCAAAAAAGCCUCUGGUUGGCCAGAAGAAGCCAAUGGAAGCUCCUGGUUCCUCACCUCCAUCAAGUAAGAAGCAAAAAGUGUCUGGGUCCUUUGUUGAUCAAAGCAUCGAGCAUCUCAAUGAUGUGACUGCAGUGAGCGGAGUUAAUCUCAGGGAGGAGGAGGAACAACUAUUUUCUGGAUCCAAGGAAGACAGCCGUGUUUCAGAGGCAUCUCGACGGGUUGUUCAAGAAGAAGAAGAGAAAUUGAUACUGCAGAAGAUCCCACUUCAGAAAAUGAUGGCGGUGAUAAUGGCAAAAUGUGGUUUAAAGAAUAUGAGUAAUGACGUGGAGCGAUGCUUGUCCUUGUGCGUAGAAGAGAGAAUGCGUGGACUCAUAUCUAAUAUAAUCAGACUUUCAAAACAGCGAGUGGAUGUGGAAAAGCCAAGGCACAAGACCAUUAUCACUUCCGAUGUUCGACAACAGAUUAUGGCCAUAAAUUCCAAAGCUCGUGAAGAUUGGGAGAAAAAGCAGGCUGAAACUGAAAAGUCCCAGAAACUGAGUGAAUCUGAAAGCAGUACAGGAGCUGAUGCUGAUAAGGAGAAGGAUGAAAAUCGUGGAAAAUCAGUGAAGGUUAACAAAGAGGAAGAUGAUAAAAUGCGUGCGACAGCUGCAAAUGUUGCUGUUCGAGCUGCUACUGGAGUGGGUGAUAUUACAUCAAGAUGGCAAUUAAUGAUCGAGGCCAAGCAGAAACAGGGAGGAACUGACAUAUCAUCUGGUCCUCAGACUAACAAAGACGUGGGACGAAAGCCUUUAGCAACCUCUACAAGAAACACAAGGGAAAAUCAAGAAUCCGAAAAGCGGGAUUCUUCUGUUGCUCUUACAACUCCUGCAUCGAUCAGAAAAGUGGGACGAAAUCAAGUUGUUGUACCACGGGUGGCUCGGAGCAUUUCAGUGAAGGAUGUGAUUGCAUUAUUAGAAAGAGAGCCUCAAAUGUCGAAAUCCACACUGCUCUACCGCUUAUAUCACAAGGUUAGCACUGAUGCUGUCAGCGAAUAAUCCAACAGACACGAGCACGGGCACGUUCGGUUGGCAAGACGUGAUUUUUGAGAGUUUCACUUGCAUAGAGCGAUGCUGAUGCUUCUUCCUCCCAUACAUCACCAGUUCUUGUAGAUCUCGUUUCUCAUCAAUUUCUGUCUCAGUCCUUAUAGCUUAGAAAGAAUAAACGAUUUGGAUGCUUCGAUUUGUUUUUGGGUCUUUCAGCCAUAAAUUAUGCUCACAUGUACUUUAUGUAGUUGUUUAACCAUUGUUUGGUUGAAUAUAUUUAAUAUAAAGGGCAAAUAUCACUUAAAAUUUCAAA